CGUUGAUUCUUGCCUAUGAUUCUUGCACGGUGGAAGAAGACGAAGAAGACCAGAGCUAGGAACACCGUCUGCAUCAGUAACGCCGGAGAAAAUCGGUGGUUUUUGGCAUAAUGUGGACUGUGACUGGAGCAGAAUGCAAAUGACAGCAGAAGAACAAUGACCCGCCACGGAAAGAACUGCACGGCCGGAGCUGUCUACACAUACCACGAGAAGAAGAAAGAUACAGCGGCAUCUGGUUACGGGACACAGAGCAUUCGACUGGGCAAAGAUGCGAUCAAAGACUUUGACUGCUGCUGCCUAUCCCUGCAACCCUGUCAGGAUCCUGUGGUGACACCAGAUGGAUUCUUGUAUGAAAAACAAGCCAUUCUUGAAUACAUUUUGCACCAGAAGACAGAAAUUGCCAAAAAAAUUAAGGCAUAUGAGAAGCAGAAGCAGACGCUGAAGAGCAACAGCCAACUUGAGUCCAAGUCAGAGGAAAGAGAACGGGUGGAGAGGUUUAAAAGCAGGGAGAACAGCAUUGUGUCCAAACCCAUCAACCCAUUCACAUCUGGGCAGAGCAAAGGAGGCGAGACGGGCAGGACAGACGGCAGCUCAGCAGAAUCCCCCAGUGCCGCUUCAGCUGCCUCUUCCAGCCAAACCCUGCCCAGUUUCUGGAUUCCCUCUCUGACACCUGAGUUCAAGCCCACCCUGCUCAAAAAACCAAGUAAGACUGUGUUAUGUCCCAUGUCAGGACGACCCAUUAAGAUGAAUGAGCUUAUCACAGUGCGCUUUACCCCGUUGGACUCCAGCCUGGAUCGAGUGGCCUUGCUCACCCGCCAGGACAGGUAUGUAUGUGCAGUAACCAGAGAUGUCCUUGGCAACAGUGUCCCCUGUGCCGUUCUGCGCCCCUCGGGUGCUGUGGUCACUCAGGAGUGUGUGGAGAAGCUGAUCAAGAAGGACAUGAUUGAUCCUGUGACUGGAGACAAACUGACUGACAAGGACAUCAUACCACUGCAGAGGGAGCGGGGACGCGCCGAAGCUCCACAGCGGGCUAGCAGCUCCAGUGAGGCUGACAACAACAGCGCCCCGCCGUCCACCUGGAGCUGAGAUACGCCAAAACUCCACAGCGGGCUAGCAGCUCCAGUGAGGCUAACAACAACAGCGCCCCACCCACCGUCCAUCUGGAGCUGGGAUGCGCCGAAGCUCCACAGUGGGCUAGCAGCUCCAGGGAGGCUAACAACAACAGCGCCCCGCCCGCCAUCCAUCUGGAGCGGGGAUGCACCAAAGCUCCACAGCGGGCUAGCAGCUCCAGGGAGGCUAACAACAGCGUGAAGUGAAGCCACAGCUUUGACCACUUCUGUCUCUCCGCCAUUACGUCUUCUUUGUUGUUGAACAUGCGGCUGACUGACGAGCAUAGAUUCAGCAUAAUGAAAAGAAUCGAUAAGGGAAUCGUUAAGCAUAAAGGCUAAUAACGUCGAUGAAUUGAACCAGUUGGAACCAGUUCUUAACAGGAACUGGUUCUCGAUUCCCAUCCCGAGUCCUUUGGACCCUUGCAGCAGAUAAGGAAAAACUCACCAAAAAAACCCCCUUUAACGGGAUAGCAUAGGAUGAUCUAGGCUCAACCCAAGUGCUUAAUGGAUGAGAGGGUAGAGGGGAGUCCCAGGGGACUUCAUGGGCACGAAUUGCUGAUCUCAAUUGGAGGUAGAGGAACCAAGAAAAUCCAGCAAGAGAAUACCUCUCUUUAAGCCUUUGAAAUGAAAGCAGUCCAUUUCUAUCAUACAUAUCUUGAAGACUAUGCAUUCCUCCAGAAGACCACUUAUCAUUGAAAUAAGGGCCAGUGCCCUGCAGUAGAUUAUAGUUAAAGGAGCUAUGUAAGAAAUCUAAAGCAAAUAGUCAUAAAUUCAUCCUAAUAUGUCACAGAGACUAAGGAAUAAUGUUAAUAUAACAUACUGAUCUCACCGACAACAAUAGUACAGCCAGAAUAUUUGCAUUUUAAAAAAGUUUUACGGUCCGCAAAUCAUGUUUAUGUUUUGAAUUUGUGUUUUGGCCUGUUGCACCACCCACCGCCGUCUACCAGUUACACAGUCAGUAGAGUCUCAGCAUCAGUUACAGUUACGACUGGGCUACAAUGGCUGACGGUGCGACUAAACCCAAACGACCUCGUUAUGAUUCCCAGAAAUGCCAAGACAAAACUCGAGGCAAAGUGAGGGUCUAUAUAGGAGAUGCUUUUGAACAGUGGAGACGGCACUAACUAGCAUCAUAGCUAGACGGGGAUGGACAUUUCGAAUACUUUCAACUGUUAUUCAUUUUCAGUCAUACAUUGUAGCCCAUGUGCAGGUGGGUCAUCGACCCGACUGAUUUUUUUUUGAGAAACAAAGGUUAGCAGCACGGCAAGCAGCGUUAGCAGUGUCCCGGUACAUAGCAUUAGCAGCCGGCUCCUCCUCCGCUGUAUCGCGGCAGCAGCGUUAGCAGCAGAGAAGCUGGACUUGCUCGAACGGUCCGCUGGAAAACAGAAGAUCAAGGAUGUGCGACGCGGCCCUGCCACGGCAGCCGCCCGUGGGCAAACAAGUCAGUCUCCAGCGUGCCGCUGUCCAGCAACCUCGAAUCUGUAGGGGAGGGGGGGUGAACACGACUCGCGGCAGUAUUUUGAAUUUGAGUGCAGCAACCACAUUGGCCACAUUCUUACGUAUGGCGCCUUUAAACCAAACUGAGGAAUGAUUGCAAAGUUUGACGUUACAACCCAUGUGGUUCUGGACAUCAGACCAGAUUUGUAACGGAUUGCUAAUAACUUGUCCAAACAUUCUUUGUGCUCACCCAGGCUUCACUCCACAGAACAGUACAUCUUCCAGCCUGUGUGGUUUUACUAGUUCCUGUUUUAUCUGAUGCCAUGGUGUAGCUGCUUCUUUGUCACGCCAAGUUGCCAAAGUCUUUAUAUGAAAAGACCAGUAAUACAGCUUGAAAUCAGAUACAGCCAGACCUCCUGAGGACUUUGAGCGCUGAAGUAUGUGAAACUGAAUGCAAGGUCUUUUGCCAUUCCAAAUGAAUUUACCGAUCAGGAGAUAUAAUUCAUCAAAUAUUUAGCUGGUGGGGGAACAGGGAUCAUAGAAAAAAAAUAAAGCUUAGUUGUCCAAGGACAUUCAUUUUUACUAUUGAGACUCUGCCUUGCAAUGACAUUUUAAGAUUGGACCACCUCUGGAUAUCAGAUGAGAUUUCGAGUUUAAUCUUAUUAUAAUUAGUAUGCGAGAUAUCAGAGAAUUUGGUUAUGAUCAAUCCUAAGUAUGUGAAAGAGGUAUGCCACUGAAUAUGCGGAAUAGCUGGUAAUGUAAGCUGUUUUGCUGCAUUAUUUAGGGGAACUAGAAGGGAUUUAUCCCAGUUGAUUUUAUAACCAGAAAAAUGACUGAACCGGGUAAAGACUUGAAUUAUUUGAGGUAAGGAACUAGCGAUGUUCAUGAAAUACAGUAAUACAUCAUAUGCGUACAGCAAAAUUUUAUGUUCUGUAGCUUUAAUACAGAUAAGUGAGAUACCAUGAUUUAGUCUAAUUGCUUGUGCCAAUGGUUCCAACGACAGUGCAAAAAGCAGUGGAGGCAGUGAGCAGCCUUGACGAGUGCCACGCUUUAAGGGAAAUGUUUUAGACAUCACAUUACCUAUUUGUACAACUGCAUAGGGAUUAGAAAAAAGUGUUUUAGCCAUCAGUAUAAAAUUGAUUCCAAAUCCAAAUUUCUCCAGAACUACCCUUAGGUAUUCCCAGCCCACCCUAUCAAAGGGGUUUUUGUGCAUCCAAACUGAAUACAGCUGCUGGUUCCUCAGCUGAUUCAGAUGCAUGCAUAAUAUGGAAAGGCGUCUGAUAUUGUCCAAUGCCAGCCUCCCCUUUAGAAAACCUGUUUGGUCAUGAUGAAUUAGCUUGCCCACUAAUCUCUCAAGUCUUCUAACUAAAACUUUAGCAAAGAGUUUUAGUUCUGUUGUAAUCAGAGAUAUUGGCCUAUAGCUGCCACAUCUCAGAGGAGGUUUACAUUUUUUAAGCAGUACCGAUAUGACCAAUGUAUUUUGGUCACGAUGAAAGGACCCAGUGACUAAAGCAAAAUUUAUUGAGUCUAAAAGGAGUGGCCCAAUAGUAUCCCACAGUUCAAGGAACAGCUCUGGGGCAGGCCAUCAUGUCUUAGCGAUUUGGCUUUUUGCAUCGAAUUGAGGGCUUCUUUAAGUUCUACGAGAGUAAGUGGUACUUAGAGCAACAACUCAAGUUGUUCUGCCUCAGAAUUUGUCAGUGAGGGUAAUUUAAGCUCUGACAGAUAUGAUUGAAGGGCAGUCAGAUUGGGAAUGGAUUCAGCUGAGUAGAGAUGAGAAUAAAAUGAUUUAAAGGUGUCAUUUAUUUCAUCUGGGUCAUGAGUGUCAUGGUGUGGAUUGCAUUAAUUGUAGAAGAUGAUUCAUUGUGUUUUAAUCUGGCCUUGAACUUGAACUUUCACUCUGACUAUAGUACGUUUUUCUAGUUUGGUGAAUUAUAAAUUCGGCUUUGGCCUUAAGGAGAUUGUUUAGUUCAGAUUUCAAAGCCAGAAGGGUUGAGUGGGUUUGGUCAGAGAAUUUACGUUUUUGGUCAGAUUCUAUCGUCUGUAUUUCACUUUAUCGUUGUACGAUUCUGUGUUUUCUAGAUGUCUUUAAAUAGGAUGCGAAUGAAGAGGAUUCCCUCCUUAUAAAGCAUUUAGUUGUUUCCCAUAGUAUUUGGGGAGAAGACGCUGUCUCAGAAUUGAUUUCUAGAAAUACUUAUAGAUUAUUUUUCAAUCGUUUUAAAAAAGUAGAAUUCUGGAGUAGCGUUGUAUUGAAGCGCCACCUGUGUGUAUGUUUACGGGAGCUCUGCUGGAUUUGAAAGUUGUACAUCACAGGGGCGUCGUCAGAUAUUAUGAUGGGAAGUAUAUCAGUAAAGUUGAUCCAUUGGUUCAAGUGAGGAGACAAAUAUGCAGUCAAUUCUUGAGUAUGUCUUAUGUCUGGCAGAGAAAAAAGUUUCAUUCUUAACUGUUAGAUUUUGUAGUUAUAUCCCACACCUGAUUGAAGUCACCCCCAAUUAUAAAUUGGUAGUUUGGCAUGUCCAGAAGCAUAUUAGAAACCAUAUUGAAGAAGCUUGGGUCAUGAAUGUUUGGACCGUAAAUUGAAGCAAGGCAUAUUUUGACUUUGUUAAUUGUAAUGCAAACAUAUGUCAACCUUACAGCAUCAUCUUGACCAGAGCUGUCAAUAUUGACCCCUAAUUUCUUGUCAAAUAAAAUAGCUGCACCUUUCGACCUGAUUGCAACAAGAGUAAGCGACACAUUUAUAAAACCUGUUAUGAAAUCUAUCGAUGUCAUUUGUUUUCAAAUGUGUUUCUUGGACAAGAACAAUCGAAAUUCCUUCAUGUCUAAAAAAAUUCUAGACAUUUAGUGCGCUUAACUGGCGAAUUUAGGCCCCAGACAUUCCACGACAUUACAUUGAAAGGCCUAUUCAUAACCAGAUUCUAGCCAUUGUGUGGUCUGGAGAAUAUGAGCUAUAAGUCUACUCAAGCAGGGACUUUCAAAACAUAGAAUAUGUGAUAUGGUAUAGUGAGUUUUACAUAAACAGCAAGGCUUUGGUGAGAGACAAACAAAAACCAGAACCAAAUUUUCCAUCUGCAAGAGAUAAGGAAUUUACUCUUAGGUUGGGGAAAAAAUAAAUAAAUAAAUUAUCCACUAGCUACCUGUGGCUUUCAGAAGUGGCAUAUGUCUCCAGUCCGAGUCUGUAUGGGUCAGAAACAUUACUAACUAGAAAUGUUACAAAAUAAGAUGACGCUGGCCAGCACCAUCUUUAAAUAAACUUUGGUUACAUGCAUAGUAGGGAUGUAACGAUUAGCGGUAAAAUGAUAAACUGCCGUAAAAUUCUCGACGGUUAGUAUUACCAUUUCAAAUUUCAAUUAUCAUUAAAACCGUGUUUGAUUACCGCACUUUGAAAAACUCACGGUGAUACUGCUCAUUGCCUGGAAAAGCAGCAGCAAUAGUCCCUCAGACACAGGCGUGCAUGUGCAGUUUGCAAUGUUUGGCCCGAAGGCACAGAAGAGAGAGAAAAAAAAAUAGCUCCUGUAGAAAAUUCACACAGGUCUUAAGGACGCGCCCGCCAGUAAGCGUGCGAACAUGCACGUUACAUCUCUAAUGCAUAGGAACUGAAUCGACACUAGCCGUAUGCUCACAUUAAUAGUGGAAAAGAAAAGGGUAGAGCGCCUCUUGCAUCCUUUUUCUAUUAGGCUAAGUAGUUAUAAAAAAGAUAUAUGACAGAAUAAAAUAUGACAGAAUAAAAUAAAGAAUAAAUAAAUAAAAUAGGUCUCCGGUCAAAGUCAUUCUCAAACAAACCUAGGUUGCACAAAAAAACAAACCUUGCUGACCAGACAUUAAGCCAUCUGUUUACUCUGAUAGUAAUCACAAAAAAAAGAGGGGGGGGGUUAAAGCAAAGUGCACCACUUUCCUAUAUUAAUUUAAAAGAAGUCAUAAAAAUUUGAUAAAUAUAAAGUGGUCUCUGAUCAACAACGACCUAGAAUAUACCUUGAUCACAUAUGUAAUGCUUACAGUUAAAAAAAAGAAAAAAGGGAGGAGACAAAAUAGAGGCCUCAUACACCAGUUUUCUAUCUUAAACCAAAGUUAAUUCUAACCGUAUGACUAAUAAAUUGUGAAACGAACUGCUGCGGUUGCAAUAACUAGUCUACAGCAUCUGCAUCUAAAGUAAUUUCAACUUAAAGCACAUUAACCUGUGGCCGGAGGUUUUCUGGCUUACCAGCCUGAAACACAGGGUCCGACAUUAACGGUUGCCUGAAUGCCUGGGGCAAGUAAAAAUUGCCGGCAGGCCAGCAGAUCCUGCACAGACAUGCCCGAUCGGGCAAGCAGCACCGACUCGGACACACACACACACAUACUGGACAGCCUCUCAGUCCUUACCCACUAACAUUAGCUCAUGUAGAGCACAGGUUCCACACAGAAACUUUUAUAAAGGGUCAUAAUGUGCUUCUAGUGACUGUCAAAUCGCCAGCGAAAGUUGUUUUAAAUGCGGACACGGAGAGCAGAGCGAUAGAUAAGAACAGCACGCUGCCUGUUCUCAUGGGACAAAAAUCCUCUGAGAAGAAAGACGGAUCACUCUGCUCUGUCACCAGGAACAAACUGGGAGGCAAAGAUACUCUCUGAGGAAGAGGGUUCACUUUGCUGCAGGGUUCACCGAAACGUUUUUUUUUUUUUUGUUUUUUUUUU